CCGGUUAGACCGGGUGAAUUCUGUCCUUAAAAACUCAUUCCAUCGGAGGUGACCGCCAUUUUCCCCAACACCUUCUUCCUCUCUCUCGGGCUACUAAUUCAGCCACGCGCAGUCGCAUCGAGCUGCCACUUAGACAGAGCAGUCUUCGCGGUAAGAGUUGCAGGGAAUAUUUUCAACUGCUCAAGAGAAUGGCUGGCCACAAGGUUGCUCACGUCACUUUGAAAGGACCAAGUUUGGUAAAGGAGAUUAUCUUAGGGUCUGCCCUUGGGUUGCUUGCGGGAGGGCUGUGGAAAAUGCAUCACUGGAAUGAGCAGAGGAAAUCGAGAGCAUUUUAUGACAUGCUAGAGAAAGGUGAGAUUAGUAUUGUUGCUGAAGAAUAGAUCUUCUGCAUCCAAUAUGCCCCUAUCAUUGCUUUGAAAAUGGAUUUUUGUUCAUUGUGUUACUUUGCAAUCGACUCAUGCAAGUUUGGAUGGAAAAUGACCAUAAUUGAGUGGUUAGGUAUUAAUAAAUGUCUCUGGAACUGACAUUGUGAAACACAUUUGAUUAUCGAACAUCUUUUUUCAUAUAUGAUGGUGAUUGCUCAAUUUGAAGCAA